AUGCCAGGGACAACAUACCGACUGACCAGGGAUUAUACAAAUAAAACUAUCCCAUCGGUCGAGGAUAUGGUCAAUGAAUUCAACGACAUUUUCGCGCAUAAUAUCCAAGCUAUAUAUAGAGCGACGCACACAAGACCGAAUCCGGGCACUGAAUUAUCAUCGGUUGUGAUCAAAACAUUAUGGGGUACCAAUAAUCUGGGCCUAAAGUUGCCGACACAGUUUACGGCCUUUUAA